AUGUCUUCCGGGUCCUGGAUCACGUCUAGUUCCUGUUCACCAUCUGUGGUUCAAUCCUCAGAAGAUACCUCUGUAGCAGCAAUAUUUCAAUGGCUAAGAUUCAUCUUCCUCUCUCCCUGUCCUCAGAGAGCUCUGCUUUCCUCUGUUGACCUCUUGUUCUUGCUCUCACUCUUAGCAUUUUCAAUACAAAAGCUUUACUCAAAGUUCGUCUCCAAUGGCCACCAAAGCUCGGACCUCAACAAGCCCCUCAUCAGGAACAGCAGAGCUCAUCUCAGAACCACUAUCUGCUUUAAACUCUCUUUGACCCUGAGCGCUCUGUUAACCCUAUGUUACACUGUUGUUUGCAUUUUGGCAUUCACUAGAAACACUGAGUUGCCAUGGACACUCGUAGAUGGGCUAUUUUGGUUAGUUCAAGCCAUCACUCAUGCAGUGAUCACAAUACUAAUAGCCCAUGAAAGGAGAUUUGAAGCUGUUAAGCACCCGCUAUCACUUCGAGUUUAUUGGGUUGCAAACUUCAUUGUUAUUUCUUUGUUUACAGUCUCCGGAAUACUUCGUUUGGUGUAUGUCCAACAAAAUCAGGACCCUAGUUUUAGAUUGGAUGAUGUUGUUUCCCUGGUGUCUUUCCCUCUAUCAAUUGUUCUUCUUGUUAUUGGCCUUAGAGGAUCAACUGGGAUUGCAGUGAAUAGAGAAUUCGAACAAGACCUUUUGGAUUUGGAUGAAUCCUCUGCUCAGAAAAGGGUACAAAAGCCCUCUAAAGGUUGA